UUGAAAAGUCAUAACAUGGCCAUAACCUAUAACCUAGACUCCAAGACUAGACAAGACAGGAUCGGUAUCAUCGGUGAUGGAUUUAAAUCGAAUUGAAUAAUGAAAACGUAGUAAUUGUGUGCCCUACUCAAGAAAAAGAUGAGUACUACAAAACGACUUAAUUUUUUUGGAGAAAAAAUUUGUGCAUAGUGCCAUUUAUACAUGUAAAGUUCGGUGGGCUUUGGAUAACAUGUUAUCGUUGUAUCUUAAAUUGCUAAGAGCGAACGCCGAAACAUUCAACAGAGGUUAACAUUUUUUACCAAGGAUAAGUCUGCUAUCCUGAAAACCCAAACAUUAUAUUACUCCAGUAUUAUACUUAGUAUUGAUUUAUUACUCCUACUAUUAUCACAUUCCAUGUUUAUAAACCCACUCUAUGGUGAAUAACGUAUAAAUGUAUUUUUAAAAUACCUACAUACAAUGCCAAGUUCACUGCUUUUUGGCAUCAAUAAUGAAGGUAGAGUAUAUACACUCUCAACUUCUGGUUCUAUGUGGAGAGAAUUACCUUAUAAUGGACAGGAAUUUAAGAAAUUAUCUGGGGUACCACACUUUUUAUGGGGAUUAGGUGGAGAUCAUCAGAUUUACGUUUACGUGCAUGGCCUUGAUAUACCAAUCAGAAUAAGAGAGGAAUCAUAUGAAAAUGAGAGAUGGUUGCCUAUAGAAGGCUUUACAUCUAGACUUUUACCAACUGAUAGGUUUCAUUUUUCAAAUGCCGAUGGAACUGCAGAUCGGUCUAUAGAUAGGAUCCGACUCCCUUCAAUGGCUUGGCAGUGGGAAGGUGACUGGCAAUUGGAGUUAACAUUGGAUGGACAGCCAUUGGACCACAAUGGGUGGACCUAUGCUGUUGAUUUUCCUUCAUGUUAUUAUUCGAAAAAACAGUGGAAAAGCUGUGUUAGAAGACGACUUUGGGUUAGGACUGCCAAAUAUUGUGCAAUGAAUACUUGGUGUGCUAUCGCUCCAUUACACAAAGAUGCUACGUCGGAACCUUUUAUUGAUAUAUCAAUUGGAGGGCAAAAUGUUAUUGGUGCUGACCCGAGUACAAUGUUAGUAUGGGCUGUUACUUCCCAUAAUAGAGUAAUGUUUAGAUCAGAAGUAAGUACAAAAUUGCCUGAAGGUACCCGAUGGCACCACAUCCAAGUGCCUACAGGAUGUGAAGUAGGAAGUAUAAGUGUUGGCCCUUCAGGUUUAGUUUGGUCAAGCCUUUUAGAUGGCAGAGCUUUAGUUCGAGUAGGAGUUUCUAGAGAGACUUUACAAGGAGAUAUGUGGGUUGAAGUUAGGAGCCCCGGAGACAAUUUAAGAAUCACGCAAUUAUCAGUGGGAAAUACUAGCGUUUGGGCAGUCACACAAGAUAAUAAAAUAUGGUUUAGGAAGAGAAUGAAACGAGAAGAAUCGAGUUUAAGCGAAGAGGAAUUGGCUGUGGGUUCCGGUUGGAUCGAAAUGGUUGGAAAAAUGUGUCAUAUCUCAGCCACUUCAAAUGAUCAAGUAUUUGCAGUUGGCGCACACGAUCGCGUUAUUUAUUACAGGAUGGGAGUGUGUCAAGAAGAUUUGACCGGCAAAAGAUGGAGGGCCAUUCGAGCACCGCUUCAAGUUAGUCGAGCUAGUAGUAACGCUAGUUUAGGACGUGACCGAUUCCAUCGAAGCUUAAAUCAAAUUACGAGUCGACCAAGUAGCAUGAUCGAGCAGCCUAAUUUUUCUGAAUUUGAAGAACAAUCCCAUUCUGCACCUUUGGCUCCCACUUCUCUUCCUACUGGCGAUUAUAAAUUUGAAACUCGUCUUAGAAAUCCUAAAGCUUGGAGUCCGGUACAUUCUGUUGGCUCUAUCGUAGGUACUGAAGUUCACCCAGAUGCUGACGAAAGCAUAUGGAACGAAAAUAGCAGAGAUUCUUGUAUUUUUGCAGAGGACGAAGAAUUGGAAUGGGCUGAGUACGAUACGCCGUGGUCUUGGGUGGAGGCGGGAACUUGUUUAAUGGAUAUAUCUCAAUUUCCAAACUGGUUUUCAGAGUCUAAUGAUAGUGCUAUACAAGAAGAAUUUGGCCAAUCGUGGAGAACUAAUAUUUUGAACGAUUUAAAGACACGAUUGCCGGACCAGGAUAUUUACUCUUUAUAUGAAAGUGCAAUUGAAACUACAUCCUGGAUUCAUGUAGGAGAAGCAAGAGUUAAUUUGAACUCCCAAAAUUUUGUCGAUUGUAUAUUGCAGUUGGAAUGGUUACAAAUAACAGGGACAUUAACAAUUUUAAAUUCAGAUGGAGCCACAACAAUGCAUUCGUUCCCGCUUAGUGAUAUAACUUGUGUUCAACUCACUAGUGAUCCUGGAAAUUCCAGAUUAUCUCUUUUUACACCUAGAAAUAAUCCCGCUGUCGUAGUCCUACAAUUUGUUAGUGAUGUUAUAUUAGAAGAGUGGCAAUCACACUUUGCAAUUACGUGUGGAAAGCUUCGUGACGCUCAAGGGAGGCCUAGCGAUGAAAGUAUUUGGGCGGUGACAAACUUGGGCGACAUUUUUGUAUGGGACCCAACACAACUUGAAAGAAACCAACUUAGAGAGGAUGAUUUCUACAUUCAGAAAUUUGACUUAAGAGGAAAAGAAUGUCCUAUAAAGGUUGCUUUACAUGUCGGAUGUAUUCCUGGGACAGUUUUAACUUUAACAGGGUGUAUAGGCGAUGAGGCAGAACGCCUAGGUAUUAAUCUUGAAGCUCCAUAUACUUAUAAAAAAAAUCAUAAAGCUUUUACGGAAUUAGAAAAUAUGUGCCUGCACAUAAAUCCUAGGUUUUCUGAAAAUUGUGUGGUAAGAAAUUCAAUGGUAGAUGGGAAAUGGGGUAAAGAAGAACGUGAUGGAAAAAUGCCUUUCAGUAGGAGUCAAGAAUUUAAUAUAAGAAUAGAAAGCACUGAAGAUGCAUUUAUUAUUUUUGUUAACACUGAAAAAUAUACAACUUUUAGACAUCGACUGCCACCUCAUUCGGCCUGUUUUCUUCAUUUGUGGGGCAAAAUGCAGCCAUUUAAAUUAAUUAUAAGAAGUCCAGUUCUUAUAGUUGAUCCAUUAGAGGUUUAUUGGAGGCAACUUGGAGGCCACUUACGUCGGGUAGAAUCAUGUAAUGCCGGUGUUAUAUGGGGGAUAGGUUACGAUCACACUGCUUGGGUAUAUACUGAAGGAUGGGGUGGUUCUUUCUAUGGAACAUUGGAUAGCCAUAACGUGUAUCCAAUGACCGAUUGUCAAGACUAUAGAGUUUAUGAAAAUCAAAGGUGGAAUCCUGUAACAGGUUACACUUCAUCUUGUUUGCCCACAGAUAGGCAUAUGUGGAGUGAUGCAUCUGGACGCCAAAAGCGUAUAAAAGAACAAGUAAAAUUGCCGACAGUUCAUUGGCAAUGGAUAUCAGAUUGGAUGGUCGAUUUUCAUGUACCAGGUGGUGUAGAUAAGGAGGGGUGGCAGUAUGCUGUUGAUUUUCCAGCUAGUUAUCAUUCCAACAAACAGUUUACAGAUUUGGUGCGAAGGAGAAGAUGGUACAGACGAUGUGUGAUUGCUUCAGUAGGACCUUGGCAGGAACUCGGGCAUACAAAAUUGUUAGAUGUGUCUUUGGAACCUGUAAAUGACAAUUCAAAUUCAGAAGUAUCCGUUUGGGCUUUAGCGUCAAGUGGCCAGGUGAUGUUUAGAGUGGGUACCUCUAGGUCUAACCCAACGGGUCACAGCUGGCAACACAUCACAACGGACCAACCAUUUAGCAGUAUUAGUUGUGGACCUUUUAAUCAAGUAUGGGCUGUGGGAAAAAAAGGAUGUGCUUAUCUUAGAGUUGGAAUUAAAGAGGAUAAAUUGGAGGGAGAAAGGUGGGUAUGUGUAGAACCGCCUGUAGGUGCUCAACUGAAACAAGUUUCGGUGAAUUCAGCAGGCAUUUGGGCCAUAGAUGCUUUGGGAAGAUUGAAUGUUCGUAAAGAAGUGUCUGAAUCUUUUCCAGAAGGCACUCAUUGGCAAAGCAUUUAUUCAUCAGAUCUCCCUGUUUUAAACUCAGCUAGUCAUACACAAAGCUUUAAACAAGUAAGCGUAAGCAAAACUGAUGUAUGGGCAGUAACAAAUGUUGGAUCUGUAUUAAGAAGGAUAGGAUUAUCCACCCAAAAUCCAGGAGGCUCGGGAUGGGAUAUUGGCAUAACAGGAAACUGGCAACAUAUUAGCGUCAGAGCAUUUCGUUAAAAAUAAGAUUGUAUGCUAAAAUGUACUAAGUAAAUAUUAAUACUCUAUGUAAUAAAAAUUAUGUGCAGCUUCAAAA